AUGUUUGCCAAGUCCUUCCUUUUGGCCGCUGCGGCUGUCGCCCAGCAAGCCGCUGCCGUCGCCGUCUCUGGCACCCCUGAGGGUUUCGCUGCCAGCGUCACCGGCGGUGGUUCUGCUUCCGCCGUCACCCCUACCACCAACGACGAGCUGGUCUCGUACCUCGGCGACUCCACGGCCCGCGUCAUCGUCCUGACCAAGACGUUCGACUUCAGCGACUCCGAGGGCACCGCCACCGAGACCGGCUGCGCUCCCUGGGGCACUGGCUCUGCUUGCCAGCUUGCCAUCAACAAGGACAAGUGGUGCGACAACUACCAGAGCUCUGCUCCCUCUGUCUCCGUCACCUACAACAAGGCCGGCCUGAACCCCAUUAAGGUCGGCUCCAACAAGUCCAUCAUCGGUGAUGGCUCCAAGGGUGUCAUUGUCGGAAAGGGUCUGAGACUCGCCGGCGCCAAGAACGUCAUCAUCCAGAACAUCAAGAUCGAGAACAUCAACCCCAAGUACGUCUGGGGUGGUGAUGCCAUCACUCUUGACACCACCGACCUCGUCUGGAUCGACCACGUCACCACCUCCAAGAUCGGUCGCCAGCACCUCGUUCUCGGCACCUCCGCCUCCGGCCGUGUCUCCGUCACCAACAACCAGUUCGACGGCAAGUCCGACUACUCCGCCACCUGCGACGGCCAGCACUACUGGACCGCCUACUUCGCCGGCAGCUCCGACACCAUCACCCUGAAGGGCAACAGCUUCAACAACUUCAGCGGCCGCACGCCCAAGGUCAACGGCAACAGCUUCGUCCACGCCGUCAACAACUACUGGUCCGAGUCCACCGGCCACGCCUUCGAGGUCGACGAGGGUGGCUACGUCCUCGCCGAGGGCAACGUCUUCUCCAACGUCAAGGCCGUCAUCGAGGACGGCGGCGCUGGCUCCGCGCUCGCCAUCACCUCCUCCAACGCCUCCCAGUGCAAGUCCAAGCUCGGCCGUGACUGCGUUCCCAACAGCUUCUCCAGCUCCGGCACCUUCGCCGGCUCCGACACCUCCGUCCUCAACAAGUUCACCAGCGGCGCCGACAUCCCCGACGCUGUUGCCGCCUCUUCCGUCAGCGGCUCCUCCGCCGGCUACGGCAAGAUCUAA